UGAGGUUAUGCUCAUUAGCUGCUUUUGUUUCCUGAGUUGUGUACGCUCAUUGUAUCAUGUGGUGGAACUCCGGUUGAGGAUCUCAGCCACCUGCAUGAUGACUGUCAUCAAGGGCAUGCUGGUCAUUCUCACAGUCAUGGGCCGAGGGCGGCUGCAUUUGGUGGGAUGGGGCAUCCCUUGAUGCCAGCUUUUCAUGGACAGUUUGGAAAAAGCGCAGAUCUUACUCAGCAGCCAAAGAAACGGUCGCACAUGGAUGAAAGCAGCAGCUGGGACAUAGUGCAAGCAACACAGUUUGGCAUCCUUGAGCGUUGUAAGGAGCUGGUGGAAGCAGGGUAUGAUGUCAGGCAGCCAGACAAAGAGAACGUCACUCUGCUGCACUGGGCGGCCAUCAACAACCGUUCGGAACUGGUCAAGUAUUAUAUUUCUAAAGGGGCCAUCGUUGACCAGCUUGGUGGAGACCUGAACUCAACUCCUCUUCACUGGGCCAUAAGGCAGGGCCACCUCCCAAUGGUGAUCCAGCUAAUGAGAUAUGGAGCAGAUCCCUCCAUCGCUGACGGAGAAGGUUACCGGGCUCUCCACCUCGCCAUUAUUUUCCAGCAUAUGGCCAUAGCAGCUUAUCUAAUGGCUAAAGGACAGGAAGUUGAUGGCCCUGACUGUAAUGGACAGACACCACUGAUGCUAGCAGCCCAGAAGAUCAUAGGGCCUGAGCCCACCAACUUUUUAAUCAAGAAUAAUGCUUCUGUGAGUGCAGUGGACAAAGUGAACAGGAACACUCCGCUGCACUGCGCCGUGCUGGCAGGAAACGUAGACGCUGUCCACAUCCUGCUGGAGGCCGGGGCCAGUGUGGAUGCAGAAAACAUCAACGGUCAUACCCCCAUCGACUUGGCCCAUCAGGUACAUAGCCCGCUGCUCGUCCACAUGCUCAAUCACAUAAAACAGGAGAGGAUUCGCUCCAACUCACGCUGUCUGCGGAUUGUCAACAGAUACAGGGUCAUUCUGCAGUUUUUGCUCAACACUGCCAUGUUUGGAAGUGUGGGUGCAAUACUUGAUAUGAACUCAGAGUCCUGGUUGCUCAAAGGGAUUCUGCUGGUCUGCUUGAUAGGUGUGAUCAAUCUGGUCUCAAGGAAUUGCCCAAGUCCAGCCUUUCAGUCUUUUCUACCAGCUACAGCACUGAUGGCUUCAGUCUUCUGGAUGCUCGUCACCUGGUACCUCUGGUUACUGCCAGAUAGACCUAGCACCACAAUCCAGGUUCUGUUCACUCUGAAUGCCACUGCUCUGCUCUAUUACUACCUCCGCACCUGCAGGACAGACCCAGGCUUCGUCAAGGCAACUGAAGAGGAGAAGAAAAUGAAUGUGUUGGUGCUGGCUGAAGCUGGUUGUCUGGACCCCAGAAUAUUCUGCACUUCUUGCAUGAUAAAGAAACCAGCAAGAGCAAACCACUGCUUCACCUGUGAUGCCUGUGUGGCGAAGCAGGACCACCAUUCCAUCUGGACCAACAGCUGCAUCGGUGCAAGGAACCAUCACUACUUCGUUCUCUUUCUGCUCUCCCUCAUGCUAUUGGGAGCAUGGAUGUUCUAUGGUUGUCUCAUGUACUGGUCGACUCACUGUGUGUUGCAUUAUGAGGAGCAGAACCUGUGGGAUAUGGUUUCUGCUCUGGUCGGCUGCUCUCCCUGGCUGCUCAGCAUCUUCUUUUUGGCCUUUUACCACACCUGCUGGUCCGGCUUAAUGCUUCUGCUGCAGCUCUACCAGAUCGCCUUCCUGGGACUGACCACAGCAGAGCGGACGAGCCUGACUUUUCACCAGAGGAAACUCCGACAGCCCGUCUCUCUGAGACAGAAUCCAUACAAUUUGGGUGUGGUGCGAAACCUAGUGUCCUUCUUCCAACUACGUUGUUGUGGCCUUUUCAAACCAGCCAUCAUUGAUUGGACACAGCAGGUCCCGCCCGGCCGCGACCAGCACGUGUUCGGACACACAGACCUGGUCUGAUCAACACACACCCCCCUCCCUCAGGGUCAAAGGUCAGAUUUUCACAGUGGUUGUGGACCAAAAGCACAGAUUCUAUUUAUUUAUUUUUUUAUGUGUUGGCUCGUUGUGAAGAGACCGUAAAGACAGCACAAAUGACCAUACUCUGAAAACCACGGCCACUGGGGUGGAAACAACUUUGACUCUGUUGCGUGAAGGCACCUCUUUGACAAUUUUGU